CAGGCGCAGUACGUUCUGUCGACGUGCUCCAGUACUAGUACCUGUACCCCCGGGAAAGUCACCUCGCACAGCAACGCAUUAUGGGUAUUGACUAUAAUUGUUCAAGCGUGACAGGUGUGUUACGUAUACAGCCUGGUUGAACCGGUUCUACGGCUUCCGGGGUGCUUUCACACGGCGAGACCACUCGCCCUGUUUGGUAAGACAAAAUGUCACAAGCAUGGGGCACCAUAACUCCGGCGCUGUUGGCCGUUGUUUUUGCCUUCUCAAUGACCGUUCACGCCCACCCACAGUGUUUGGACUUCAUGCCUCCCUUCGAGCCGGCAGAGCCGCUCAGUUUAUGCCGAGAAUACAGCAAAUUCGGAUGCUGCACCAGAGAACAGGACUAUGAGCUAAAGAAACAGUUCGAUGAGAUUCUGAGAAGUUUGCCGCAGAGUUCCCGGACAGUGUGUGAGAAGCACGUGACGAACAUCCUUUGUCAGGAGUGCUCGCCUUACGCCUCCCAUUUGUACGACCUGGAAACCACUCAGGUGAAAAAGCCGCUGCCAGGUCUAUGCCCGAAAUAUUGUUCCUCCAUACCCAGUGAGUGCAUCAAUGCCCUCCUCUCAACAACAGUUGACCCAUCCGUGCGGAAAACACUCUCACCGUCAGAUCCCAAAAAGUUCUGUGAGUCGACCAAAAUUACCGACAUGGACUACUGUUAUCCUGACAUUAUCACUAAUGAGAAUUUUUCCAACGACAUUCAAAAAGCCAUACAGGGCACCGGUGGGGAGAAGUGCCUGUGCUUCAAGCAGCUAGUGGUCGGUCUGAGGAACCCCACAGUCCUGGUCCAUGCCGGAGACGGCUCCCACCGUGUUUUUAUCGGUGAACAGUACGGAAAGGUGCACGUGUAUCUGUCUGAUUUCAGUAAGGUAGAAACGCCGUUUCUAGACCUGUCUAAGAAUAUUCUGACAUCCACCAGUCUUGGCGAUGAACGCGGUUUUCUCGGGAUGGCGUUUCAUCCGGACUUUAAGCACAACAGUAGACUCUUUGUUUACUAUUCCAUUGGAAACGACAAACAUCAGAAGAUUCGCAUCAGUGAGUUCCGGAUAGCAUCUCACGACGCCAACCAGGUGGAUCGCGCCUCGGAGAAGGUCAUUCUUGAGCUGGACGAACCGGCGGGAAAUCAUAACGGAGGUCAGCUGCUGUUCGGGGUGGACGGGUAUCUGUACGCCUUCACUGGUGACGGCGGAAAGGCAGGAGACCCCUGGGGGAAAAGAGGAAACGGACAGAACUUGUCCUCGCUCCUGGGAAAGGUAAUUAGGAUCGACAUCAACCGUCCAGACGACAGCGUCCCUUACGUCGUGCCGGAGGAUAACCCGUUUGUCGGCCAGCCAAACGUCAGGCCCGAGAUCUACGCUUACGGCCAGAGGAACUCCUGGAGGUGCUCCAUGGACAGAGGCGACCCGGAAACCGGGAAGGGCCGAGGGCGCAUUUUCUGCGGAGAUGUCGGACAGGGCAAAUGGGAAGAGGUUGACAUCAUUCAGAAGGGAGGGAACUACGGGUGGCGUGCGUUCGAGGGCUUCGAAUGCUUUGACAAAAAACUCUGCAAAACUCCAGAGUUGGCCAACCAUAUUCCGCCAAUACACGUCUACAGCCACAGUGUUGGAAAGUCAAUUACAGGAGGGUACAUGUACAGGGGCUGUCUCUUUCCGAAUCUGAGGGGACAGUACAUUUAUGGAGACUUCUGGACUGGUUUACUCUUCUCUCUGACGGAGGAUGCCAAGACUGGUGCGUGGAACAAUAGAGUGGUCUGUGUAGGAGGGGACGACACAUGCAACAAUGGUGUACGGGGGUUAUAUGUUCCAAACAUCUUGUCUUUUGGAGAGGAUGAGGCAGGUGAACUAUACAUGCUGGCCACUGACUUUGCCAGCACCAGCCACGAGGGAGGGGUGGUGUACAGGCUUGUAGACCCUUCAAGGCGGGCAGACCCAGACCAAUGCAGGAAAAAUAUAACUCCAGUCGGAGUUCUUGGGUCCAUAACAGUAUCAUCGGCUGAAACGCCCAUGGUUGGCUCCAUGUCACCUCCCUCUGUAGUCGUGUUUCUUGUUGUUUGUUUUCUGAUCUUCGUGAAGAUUUGUCACCUCCUGUUGAAAAGGUCUGCCUUCUCCAAAGUCAAGAGAGUUGAAAUGACAAAACUGUAACCGGGCUUCACAACUCCUACUGGUUAUGAUACGACUCUUGUGGCCGGCUAAAUACGGACCUUGGCACUGUCAGAUGUACAGGGACGCACGCUCUUUAUUGGGGAUCAAGAUGGACAUUGCAAUUGAUGUGAAAGAAUGUGUAAAUAUUGUAAUGCAAAGGCUGUGGAAGACGAAAUACACUUUAUCUCAAAUUCUUCCUUUCAUAGCAACGCUCGAAAUGAGUUAUCUAUUCAAACUUCUACAAUUUAUCCCAA